AUGAGUAGCUGCAGCAGUGGCAUUGAGAACAAGAGCACGUACAACGCUAAUACUCGCGGCAGCCAUAGCAACAGGACUGGCCUCAACACUACUAGCAGCACAACCUCAGUAGCCAACAGCACCCUGAACAACCAGCCCACGGACCCUGGCCUUGAAGCGAACUGUACCAGCACCCUGAUCACCGGGUUGGAUAACCAGGCUGGCGAAAAUGGUGUUGUCUUACCAGCGGCCACGCAUUCUGCCACUUGUUUGGCUGGCUCCACUUCAGUAAACAUUGUUCGCAUUCCAAAGCCAAUACUUCAACCCAACCUUUCGUGUCCUCCUUCAAAUGGUCAAUCUCAGCAGACAAAUACAGGAAACAUCAACUAUCAACCCGUCACCGGUUCUAUUCCAGCAUCGGAUGAAGGCAACCAGCCUCUUAAUAGUCAGCCUUCAGAUAAACCGAUGCACCACUCUGCUGGGCUGAUGAGUUUGGAGUCUUCCAUGAUGAUGGACUCAAAUUCGGUGGCCACUUCCUCCAUCGCGAUCAGGGUUGACACCGCAGCAGAUGAGCCCUGCCUCCUGUAUUCUACUAAUCCUACAUUACGACCGGCUAAUGUAGGGGAGCAUUCGGUAGGUGCACAUGAGAUACCAUUUGACUCAGUUGAUAUGUCUCGUCAUCUGUUCACGGGUAUCAUGCUCGAGCCAUCACCCGCCCAGUUUUGUAGCGAAACCCUUUGCAGUUCGGCAGCAUCAGGAGAACAGGAAUGCAGCAACCCGGAGUCUCUAUCCUCCACGAACAACGGUAUCGCCGUGCAGUUCUCGAAAUGCGCCCAGCUGCAGAAUGUGGAAUCGGUUGGCUCGCAGCAUUACGAUAGGACGCCGGUUUCUUCAGAGAAUACUUGCAUUUUCAGUCAGACCAGUUUGAUAUCACCGUCCUCUUUUGAGCCAGGAGUGAGUCAAUUUGAUUAUCUUUAUUUCCACCCAUAUAUCUGUGUCUAUACAUGCAUAUGUGUGUAA